GCGGACAGUGAAGCACUCCGGCUCAGCGCUUCUCGAGGGGAGGACAUAAAGCCACCUACAACUCCACCAUACAAACCUAUCCCCCUUUUUUCCCUUCAUUUUCUACGGACUUAAACUGAACACAAACUUUUUCCACAACCAAAACCAGUCGUGGCACAAACUACCGCACGUAGCGUUCAAGGAUCCUGGUCGGUCCUCCAUGAAAGAGGGAGUGCAGCAAACUUGGGGAAACGAGAUGUCUGCGACAGUCUUGUCUGCGUUCUACGACAUGGACAUGCUUUAUAAGCAAGAUAAAAGCAUGAACAUGAACGCCAUCCACAUCAACAGCAUGCUGGACAAGAAAGCUGUGGGGGCUCCGGUCACAUCUCCGGGCUCCGGUAGCCCCUUCUCGCCGGGAUUUUUCCGCAGAAACUCAACCAGCAACGUGGAGGCAAUGAACAACGGUAACAAAUACUCCAUGGGCUCCUACAGCAGCCUGAAGGAGAACAUACCAACCUGCAACAGCACCGCCACGGCCCUUAUGAACAAGGAGAACAAGUUCCGCGACCGCGCUUACAGCGACAACGGAGACCGGGGCCUGCUGCAGCAGAAGCCCGGCUCUCAGAUCAACUCCACCCGCUACAAGACAGAGCUGUGCAGGCCAUUUGAGGAAAACGGGUCUUGCAAGUACGGGGAGAAGUGUCAGUUCGCUCACGGCUACCAUGAGUUGAGGAGCUUGUCCCGCCACCCUAAGUACAAAACAGAGCCGUGCCGCACCUUCCACACCAUCGGCUUCUGCCCGUACGGUCCCCGGUGUCACUUUAUACACAACGCCGAAGAGCGCCGGUCCCCUCCGCCCACCAACGCUAACAUGCAGGCCGGGGAGUCCCGCUCAGCCCGCGAGCUGUGCGGCUACGGGCAGAGGGACAUCCUGCCGCCGCAGCUCGGCUACACCCAGAGGGACAGACCAAAGCUUCACCACAGCCUCAGUUUCUCCGGGUUCUCCACCCACCACGGACUCGAGUCUCCCCUGCUCGACAGUCCCAUGUCCCGGACCCCUCCUCCCCCUACCACCACCUCCUCCUGCACGUCCACCUCCAGCUUCUACGAGGACGUGUUGUCUCCUAACUCCAUGUCCUGCAUCAACAGUGCCUUCUCUUUCCCUGGACAGGACUUAAAAGCCUUACUGGCUCCCCUGGCUGUGCACACCCCCAGUGGCUACGCCAACAACCACUCCACCAGUGCCUACUACGGGAACAUGCAGAGCAGCCAGUGCCCUCCCUCCCCUCCGACCUACAACAUGAGCCACUUGCAGGCGCUGCGCCGCCUCAGCGGGUCGCCAGUGUUCGAGCCUCCUCCCAGCCCACCAAACUCGCUCUCUGACCGGGAAAGCUAUGCGAGCGGGUCCCUCAGCUCUUCCGGGAGCCUCAGCGGCUCCGAGUCCCCGAGUCUGGACGCUGGAAGGCGUUUGCCAAUCUUCAGCAGGCUGUCGAUUUCAGAUGACUAAUCGUUUUUUUGUUUUCUUAUGGAUUUAUGGACGGGUCAGGCAGGGUGGUUAAUUAAAGGACCCGGGGAGUGUCAGUGAGUGAGCUAGACUGUCCUUCAAGGAGAGGAACCAAGUUAAACCUCCUCCAUCCCAUUUCAGCUACAACCACCCUGCCGAUGUGCCUUAGUGUAAGACAUUGAUUCUCUACCAGCUCCAGGGGUGCUGACCCUGCUCUGACCUCCCUGGAGGGGGGCAAGAGAAGAGAAUGUCACCCACAGGGAUCAAUAAAGCUUCAGACAGUUUAAAGUGUGCUUGACCUGGCAUUAGUUAGUCUUUUUUUUCCUUGUAUGUAAUAUAGCUGUAUUAAAACUUAGAUAGCAAACAGAAGGCAUUCCAUCAGUGCCUUGCCCGAGGGCUCAUGGCAGCCCCUCUCCCUUUUUGCUCUAUCAGGCAAGCCACACUUUUCCUGGGAUUAGAUGUGUGGGUAACAUGACUUGACAAGAAGAAGAGACUGUAAGCAGUUUUCAGAUUUCCUCCCAUCCUGCCAAGAAUAUGCCUUGACUCAAAGUAACAUUUUUUUCUUUAUCAAAGUGUUUGUUUUUUCUUUUUCUUCUCUGAAAGCUUCAACUUCCAUUCCAGACCUGUCUUUUCCCAGCGCCACCCAGUGGUUCGUUUGGUUAGUCUAGUUUGUUGCUUGGAUAAAAAGCACUCUUGAGUAGGGUUUGUUUGUGGAAAUCACUGCUGAUGGUUGAAUAUAUAUAUUAUUAUUUUUUUUAGCUGUUUUUGAGUGAUUGACAUAGCUGUGCAUAACUGGCUAUGGACUAUUUAACUUAUUUAUUAUCUUGUGAAAAAAGUAUAGGCUACAUUGGUCAUUUGUGUCCAUACUGUAUUUAUCAAGUAUGAUGAAGCAAUAGAUCUAUAUUCUUUUAUGUUUAAAUUAUGAUCGCCAUUAUUAAUCUGCAUAAAGUGGAGUGUAUGUUCUUUUCACAGUAAUAUAUAUAUAUUUUGUUUUUUUUUCUCCUUUUUUUGUAACUUCACUUGGUUAUUUUUAUUGUAAAUGAGUAAAAAAAAUCUUAAUUUAAGAGACCGUAUGUGAUAUUUAUUUCAUUAAUUUUGUUUCCUUGUUUACGUUUAUUAAAAAAAGUUUGCGUGAUUGCUGUUUGCUCCUGAGGUUGUGUGUCAGUGCUGUAGAAGGCUUUUUCUGUCUUUUUUUUGUGGAGGAUCCCUAUUUAGAUGUUUCUGUAGAAUGUAUAAACGAUGUGGUUGUACAGACCGUCCAAACCUUACUUCUUUUGUUGAUCUACAUCAGACUUCAGCGACAAAGAAUCCAAGUCAAUAAAUUAACCAAAAAGUAUUUUUGUUUUUCUCUCUGUUUGCACGAGGUCACACUGUGAUUCCAGCCACGUGCUAAAGAAUGUAGCAUCCCUUGUGCCCCAGUAUUCUUAUGAUGUAGUGCCUAUGGGGUUCACCAUCUUGACAUGCCUUAAAAUUAACCAAAUAAAGUAUUUUUCCUACAUGGCAUCUUUUAUACAUAGGUUGAACUGAAUGUAGUGUUGAAUUCUGAAUAUCUUUAAGGUUGUUACCACUCAGACACUCUGAAAAAACAACCGAAACUGUUCUAAAUCCCCAUUCCUCUUAUUUCCUGUAGCUCUGUUUCUUUUUUUAUUGAUGUUGAAAUCUAGUCUGAGUCUUGAGUUUGCUGGAGAGGGAAGUGGAUGAACACGUUUGGUUUGUACAUAGUAGGUACAGGGGGAUGCGCACUAUGUACUUUUGACUACUUUAUCAGAAGUAAAGCUUUUUGAAUGUAACAAAACGGACAAAAAGACAACGAGAGUUGUUAUAUUUUUUGGGGAGUCAGUUCACUACAAAUUGAGUGUGAGACUGUUAACUUUGUACUGUACAUUUUAUUGUAGUUCUCCCAAUAAAAAUCAUUUUGAAAAAG